CCGCCGGUGUCUUUUGGCGUUAGGGAGUGGGAGGAGGAGAACCGGCUGUGGGUGCAGGAGGUGUCGAGCGUGCCCAGCACCCGCCUGGACGUGGUGCACCUCCAGGAGCAGCUGGACCUGCGGCUGCAGCAGCGCCAGGCCCGGGAGACCGGCAUCUGCCCCGUGCGCAGGGAGCUCUACUCGCAGUGCUUCGACGAACUGAUCCGUGAAAUCACCAUUAACUGUGCAGAGCGAGGGCUGCUGCUGCUCCGUGUCAGGGAUGAAAUCCAGAUGACGAUCGCCGCGUACCAGACGCUGUACGAGAGCAGCGUGGCCUUUGGCAUGCGGAAGGCGCUUCAAGGCGAGCAGGGCAAAUCUGACAUGGAAAAGAGAAUUGCAGAGCUAGAAGAGGAAAAGCGGGAGCUGCAAAAACAAGUGAGAGAAGAGAAAGCGAGAUGUGAAGCGAUUGAAAAACGCGAGACCGAAAGGCGCCAGAUAGAAGAGAAGAAACACAGUGAAGAGGUUCAGUUCCUGAAACGAACAUAUCAGCAGCUGAAGGCCCAACUUGAAAGCAUCACUGCACCAAACAAGUAGCUUUUUUCACUGUCCUCCAGGCACUGCUCGGGGGAGCUGUCGGGAGUUGAAAUUCAAGACUUAGUUCCUGCCCCCUCUUUCAACGCGAUCUCAGUAGACCUGGCUGGGACUUGCCUGGUGGUAACACGCUAACGACCUUCAAAGCAAUAAACUAAUAAACACUUUAAUAUGCAAGCAUCUCUGUCAUAUUAUUACUUUGUAAACGUUGUAGAAAAUUCAGAAAUAAUACAUUUCUUGUGGACGCUUUGUGUAAGUCACAUUCACUAAGACUCAAGUUGCAGGUAACCCCUGGGCAGGUGUCUCGUGGGUGUUUCCUUGAAAACGUGCAAAUUGCUGUGAGUUGUACAUGGCAAACCUCCUCAGAACCCUUGGUGCUAACCCAGGAUGAGCAAACCUGGGCUCUCUACAUGGUUAUUUCUAAAGGGACAGAGGGGUGUGACACCAUUCCGAGGGGCACUUCUCAGUGGAAGCAAAGAAAUCCCCACUGGAGGUGCCCGUGUGACCAGCUGUUCCACAGGCGUGGGGCAGGUCAUUCGCUACAGUCGUGUAAAAACUCCAUAAAGCUCCUUUCCAGAAAAAAAAUCCCCAAACCCAGCACUGCUGGGUGACACUUCAGGAUAUGUCUGGCCCACGCGGUGUUUACUGGCCUCAGCCAGCGAUGUGGAAAUACCGCAACCUCCAGUUGCAUAAAGAACUCUCAGAUGAUGCACAAACAAAGAGUGAGAUGCUGCUCCUGGGAACGAGACAGACACGUCAA